GUUUGAUAAUUUAGGGUUUCUAAUAAAUUAACAGCCAUGGCUACAAAGCAGGUAGCAACAAAGGCAAGUGGUGUCCUGGCUGCUGCUGGAAAACCCAAGAUCUUCACUGAUGCCAAAGGCCGACAAUUUAUGGUUCUGAAGAAAACAUUACAAACACCAGAUUAUUAUUUAUGGAGACCUAAAAGGCUUACUCCUGUGAAGGGCAUGCCAACCCUCUCUUCCACGUUACGAAGAACCCCUGUCAAAGAUCUUGUCUUUGGUGUGAACAACACAUUCUUUUUCCGCUUUGCAUCAUAUUGGUUUGUGUGGGUAUUCCUUCUCUUCAGUUGGGCACCUUUAGUAUCACUAAGAGAAAAAAUGAAGGUUUCUGAAUUGCCUGUCAAAACUGCAGAAUGGCAUCAUCCAUUAAGCUGGGAUAUGGUCAAGGAAAAGGAAGAAGAACUUAAAAAGCUAGAGGGUGCCAGAUAUCGUCUAUAAACUAUAUUUCUUUUCUUUUUUCUAAAGAAAAAACUGUGAUUAGUAAUGAAAAUGUUCAUUGUAAAAAGUGAUGUUAGAACUAACGAAUUUGUAUGCUGUCUGUUUGGUUUUUUAAGCAGCAAUUUAACACAGAAAUAAAAAUGAAUGAAAGCCUAAAA